AUGUUUGUGAGAGACUCUAGAUCUGCGGUUUCAACAGAGAAACACGUGAGCAGAUCCAAAGAGAAGAAAGAGAUUAAGCUGCCGGAAGGAGAUGUGAAGAAGUACAAAGGGGUCAGGCAACGAAAAUGGUGCAAGUGGGUGGCAGAGAUUCGGGAGACACGAAAGAAAGUCCGAUGGUUAGGAACAUUCGAUACUGCUGAAGAAGCUGCUUUGGUUUUCGACGAGGCGGCCAUUGAAAUGAGAGGUGUUGAUGCUGUGACAAACAUCCUCAAGCCACCAUUAAGGGACCUACCAUCAAUGGAAAGCAACUUCAUCAAUCCACCAUCUCCACCCUCAGAUGAUAUUAGGGUUGAGAAAUGA